UCCUGUUUCCACGCUCACUUUUAGCGCUACCCUGAGCAGCGAUUGCAACACAGUUAGUGCAUAAAACCAGGGGAUAACCGGCGUGUUAAAAUUUAAAAAAGACAUAGCCCAGUCAUUUGUUUCAAUUCUAGAUUAGAUCAAAUGUCAAUGCAACGAGCGAUGUUGGUAAAAUUUGCAAUAGCGCUCUUGGUGCUUUCAGUUUUUGAGCAAGUAGUGGGGACGGAUAUGAUUGAUGUUCACGAAAAUCCGCAGGAGAAGCCACCAAAUCAGAAAGGACGCCUUUCCCUACAGAACACAGCGGAGAUCCAGCACUGCUUGGUGAACGCCGGCGACGUGGGCUGCGGCGUCUUUGAGUGUUUCGAGAACAACUCCUGUGAGAUUCGGGGCCUGCAGGAGAUCUGCAUGACAUUCCUCCACAACGCGGGCAAGUUCGACUCGCAGGGGAAGUCCUUCAUCAAAGACGCCCUCAAGUGCAUGGCCCACGGCCUGAGGCACAAGUUCAGCUGCAUCAGCCGCAAGUGCCUGGCCAUCAAGGAGAUGGUGUUCCAGCUGCAGCGGGAGUGCUACAUCAAGCACAACCUGUGCUCCGCCGCCAAGGAGAACGUCAACGUCAUGGUGGAGAUGAUCCACUUCCAGGACCUGUUUCCCAAGGGGCCGUACGUGGAGCUGGUGAACAUCCUGCUGAGCUGCGGCGAGGAGGUGAAGGAGGCCAUCACGCGGAGCGUGCGUCUGCAGUGCGAGCAGAACUGGGGCGCCCUGUGCGACAGCCUGACCUUCUGCUCCACGCUGACCCCGGCGCCCGACCGCCGCCACGGCGCCCCCCCACACCCGGACGCCGAGCACCCCAAGGGCGCCCGGCAGGGGGACAAGGACAAGGCCGGGAAAGGCGGCCUCAACCCGCACCCCAGGAGCCGCAGCCCGGGGUCCCGGCGCGCCAGCCCCGACGGGGGCGCCGCCGAACAGGAGGACCCCGAGACCAGCGACAUCCGGAGGUGAAAGAGCAGACACGCCCCCCCCCCC